GCAGCAUCCAGUUGGAAAAUGUACGCGCACUCAAACGCAACAAAAAGCGCGUGACAAAACGGGAACAGAACCACACACAGAAGGCGGAAAGAAAGGCAGAAGGAAAGAAACAGCAAGGAAUAUUCGGCAAAAAGCACACACAUACCCACACACACACCCACACCGAAACGAAUGCGUCGCGUGCUUCCCCAAAUCCCCAAUAUCCCCAUCCUUCAACACCACCCUCUGCUGCUGCUGCUGCUCCUGCUGCUGUGCGUGUCUAUAGAGUGAAAGAGAAAGAAAGAAAUUGCCGAAAAGAAAGAAGAAAGAAAAAAGUGAAUAACGGUACAAAUCAAUUGCUGUAAAUUAAAAAGCAAAUAGCCUGACAAUUAUUUGCGGUGUGUGUUUGCGGUUUGAUUUGGUUCCGAUCCGAUACUGUUUCCGGGUUCGAGUACGAUUUCGUUUACGGACACGGGCGAAUAAGCGUGCGUAUUGGCCGGACGACACAGAGAGAGCGGCCCCGUUAAGAUUUCGGUCGUCGGCGGUGGUCGGAGAGGCUCGAAGAUUUGGCGUCGCGAGCGCAUCGAAAUGACAAAUGAUCCGGACCUCGAUGACUGUGCAUUUCUAUCAGGUGGCGAAUCGAGUGGGGGCCGCCAGACGCGCACUGGAGUCGCCGUCUGCUCGCAGCGUCGGGCUCUCCUGGUGGCCGGGAUCGUGCUCGGCUCCCUCCUCCUGACGGCCAUCAUCAUUGCCUACGCUGGACCGUCGAACGACUGCUCCUGCGGGACGAAAACCGUGUCCGGCUAUGAAACGGAUGAAGAGAACAACACGCAGCCCUUCAAUCCGAUUGCCACCAACGGCGAGCCCUUCCCCUGGCUCGAGAAGAUGCUGCCCACCAGUGCCCGACCCCUGCGCUACAUGGUCACCAUUCAUCCCAACCUGACGACACUGGACGUCAAAGGCCAAGUCACCAUCGAUUUGCACAUUGAGAAGGAGACCAACUUCCUUGUCCUGCACAUCCAGGACCUCAACGUCACCGAGAAGGCCAUUGUGACCCCUGGACCGAAGGGAUACGCCCUGAAAAUUGUCAAGGUGCUGGAGUUUCCGCAGCGCCAGCAGCUCUACAUUGAGGUGAAGGAGAAGCUCAAGAAGAAGUCCAAUUACACCUUGAAUCUGCGCUGGUACUCGAAGCUGAAUCCCGAACCGGAGGGCUUCUACGUGGACCAGUACGAGAGCUCCAAUGGUGUGGAAAGAUUGCUGGCUGCCACCGUCUUCCGACCGAAUGGCGCACGACGGGCCUUCCCCUGCUUCGACGAGCCGCAUGUGAGGGCGCCCUUCCGCAUAUCCGUGUUCCGCGAUCGCUUCCACAUCGGUCUCUCCAACUCCAUUGUGCACACCACCGAAGACGUGGGCUUCUACAUGGGCACAGGAUUGCUUCGGGAUGACUUCAUUGAGACUCCUGCCUUGCCCGCCGAUGCCGUGGCUUGGGUGGUGAGCGACUUCCAGCGUGAGUCCCUGCAGCCCUCGGCCGCGUACAUACCCACCACAGCGGCUCCCUACAGCUCGGGUGCUGGAGGCAAGAAGUCCGCACAGCUGAACAACUACACGCAGCUGAAGAGCAAGAACCCGCCUGUCCGCAACAUCACUGCCCUGACGCACUCGCUCAACGUGAACCUCACGCCCCGCCAGAACCUCAGCCACAUUGCAGCGGCAGCCACCACAACGACAGCCCUGCCCGUGAGCCUCAAUGGCAACGGGAAGCCCACGAACCUCACCUCCCUGUCGCAGUCGACGAGCUCCUCCAUCAAGCGAGCGCCGUCGUACACCUUCUAUGCGCCGCGGGACCUGCUGGUGCGCUCCUCGUUUAUACUCCACACAUCGCGGGAUGUGCUCGAGUACCUGCAGACGUGGCUGGACAUUAGCUAUCCGUUGACCAAAGUGGACUUUGUGGCCCUGCCCUCGCUGGACCGCAACAUGAUCUCCUCGCUGGGUCUGGUUACGCUCAAGACCUCCUUCCUCACGGAUCCCAGCUCCAUAACCACGGAGCAGUACCAGUUCAGUGCCCUGCGCAUUGCCGAGGCCAUGGUGCGGCAGUUCUUCGGUGGCAUCACCUCCCGCAAGGUGCUCAAGGACGUGUGGCUGUGGGAGGGGCUUAUCCAGUAUCUCGGCAUCCAUGCCCUCGCCCCGCUCCAGGAGAGCUGGCCCCUGAGGGAGAUGUACCUGCUGAAGAUGGCCACAGCAGCGCUGGACAUCGACGCCAUCCAGGGCUGGGACAGCAUCAUGAACGGCACCAGCCACGAUGGCAAGAACGAGGACUUCUUUGUCCAGAAGACGGCUGCCAUCUUCUCGAUGCUGCACACGGCUAUCGGGGAGGAUCGCUUCCGGGGCUGUCUGGGCUCCUUCCUCAAGGUGAACCGCUUCAAGACCGCCGAGCCCACGGAUCUCUGGACCAUCUGCACGAAGAAAGCCAACGGCUCGAAGAACAUCAAGGACAUGAUGACCCUGUGGACCCACCAGCCCGGCUUCCCCCUGCUCACCGUCACGAAAAUGGGCAACAGCGUCUCCAUAUCACAGCGCCCCUUCCGCCCCGCCGACUUUCUAGCCAUCCACGACGACUCCUACGACGGCAACAACUACAACAAGACCACUCUGAAUGCCACCGACAUGCCCAGCACAGUGGCACCCACGCCCCAGGGCAAGCACAAGGCGGCGCCGCACAUGAAAUGGAUCUUCCCCGUCACCUAUGUGACGGACAUCAACAAUGUCAGCGAGACCCUGUGGAUGCAGAAUGUGGAUAUCAACUUCAAUGUGCCGGAGAACGUCAAGUGGAUUAAGGUGAAUGCCAUCCAAAAUGGUUACUAUCGCGUGGUCUACAACGACGACAACUGGGCAAAUCUCAUCGAGGAGCUAUCCAACAAUCCCAAGAGGUUCAGCAGCGAGGAUCGUUUGGGUCUGCUGUCCGAUGCCUUCACCCUGUGCCAUGCCAAUCUGCUGCCCUGCGAGAUCACCAUGAACAUGAUCCAGUAUCUGCCGAGCGAAACGCACUAUGGACCCAUGGCUCUGGCUCUGAGGCAUCUGGAGAAGUGGCGGCGCAUACUCAAGUACUCCGAGUGCUUCCUGAUGCUCAGUGAGUUCAUCAAGAUGAAGAUCUCCACGGUUAUGGAGAAGGUGGGCUGGACAGAUGAGGGCGAUGUGCCUGCCAGAUUGAUGCGACCCGAAGUUUUGCUGGCAUCGGUGCUGUGGGAGGACAUUGAUAGCAUAACCAAGGCCAAGAACAUGUUGAAUCAGUAUCUGUAUUACAAUGGAUCGGCCAUAGCGCCCAAUCUGAGAGAAGUGGUCUAUACGGGCUCCAUUCUCUCUGGGGAGUACAUCUAUUGGCAGCAUUGCUGGGAGCGCUUCGUGACCCUACAGCGGACAUCGGAGACAUUCGUGGAGCGAAUGCAAUUGCUGCGCGCUUUGGGCAGGACCAAGGAUGCCUGGCUGCAGAACCGCCUACUGUCGCACGUGACCAUGCUGCCCACCGAGGAGGUGGUGCAGGUGCUCAAGGCGAUUGCUGGCACGCCCACAGGUGGGGCCAUGGCCUGCCGCUUCCUGCAGGCCAAGUGGUUCGAGCUGGAGAAGCGACUGGGACAGGGAACGAUCAGCUUUGCCAAGGUGAUCUCCGCCAUCACCCAGUACGGAGCCACAAAGUUCGACUACGAUGAGCUUAAAUCGCUGGUACAUCGGUUUGGCCGGGGUCAAGGCAUGUCCGUGCUGAACAUGACCCUCAGCAGCGUGGCCUCCAAUGUCGAGUGGGUGGCCCGCUCCCAGACGUCGCUCUACAAGUGGGUGGAGAGCAACCUGCACUCGCACCGCCGAUAAAGGAACGAACCCCAAGGAAGAACGAACUUCUUCUCACACUCAUUUGUAAUUAUGUUCCUCUCAGACAGACGGAUGAUCUUCAGUGGAUUUUGAUUUCGCCGCGUAAACUAUGGAUCUAUAAUCUAUACCAUAUCAUUGCCAAUCUCCUUGGUUCUCUACUCUCAAACUCAACACACACACACACUAUUAUUUAGACCCCCUUCGAAACGAACUCAAAAGUGUAAAUUACGAUCGGUUGAUCGGGCAGUUCUACGAUCGAUACGAGAAUAGUUCUUAUAUGUAUGUGUAUAUCUAUUCCGAAUUGAGAAAAGAUACAUUUUUCUAUAUCUACAACUGAACACUAGGGUCUAUCUAUAUAUGUAUAUUGUAUAUGUAUGUAUAUUUUACAAACCAACAAAAACAUAUUUAGAGCAAUGUGGGAUAAAAGUAGUUCGUAAGCAGAAGAAAGAAACAAAACACAAAAACCAAACAACAUAUUUUUUCAGAAAAACUUAAAGAAAACCAACCCAAGAUCAACUAAGGAUUGCAUUCUAUAUGACAAACAAAACAAAACAAACAAAAACUCUGUAUAGCCUAUAUUGUAUAUUAGUAUUAGUGACCAGCGUGUGCAUGUGUAUGUGUGAGAGUGUAAGUGUGCGCGUGUGUGUUUUGAAAUAUCACAAAAAAUCUUCCUUUUUGUCCAAUCGAAAUUAACUUAUUUAAUAUUUAAUAAUUAUCCAACGGGAAAACUCCUGCCUGACACUAGAACAAAGAGAAAAGAUAACCGUAAAUCAGUUAUAGAAGAAAGACGGAAGCCUGCUCCAACAUAGAUUGGGAUUAUACAUACAAAUAUUAUACACUUCUGCACAUUUCAUACCUUCUGAUGUUAACCAAGUGCUGUUCGAGAUAGCAUAUACAAAUCGAUAUAAAACAAUAUGUAUUUAUUAUUUAUUGAGAACAAUUCGCAAAUUUAUUAUUAUCUUAAGCAGAAUUGGUGGAGAUUAAGAUAAAAUCUCACAGCAUGUUCUUACAUACUGAAUGGACAGCCAUAUAUAUUGUAUGUAUAAAUAUACCCACUCCCCUUUCAACUUCAGCUGAGAUAUUGGUUAACAUUAUCAAAUAGUUAGUUAGCAAUGAAGCCAACGGAGUCUCCCAAUGAGUUCUAGUGAUGUUCGGUAUCGUUAAGAAACAUUCCGUAGUUGCAUUUCGUGUGCUAAUUUUAAUCAAACUUGCUUGCCAAUACCAUAUAGCUGCCAUGGAAACACAAGUCUAAAAGAUAACUUAAAAUCGAAACGUACAUUAGAUCAAAUCGGUUAGCAUAGAGCACUCACAAGUAGCAAACGAUUGUUAGUUCAUUUGAAGUUCGUGAUGGUGUCAGGCAGGCAACAAAGAACAGAUUACAGAUUACCAAAUACCAUCAUAUGGAGAACCAACCAAAUAACAUGGCAUACGCGUACAUGCUGUAGUUUUGAUGGAACCCUAAACCCUAAAUAGAACCCAUGGAAGCAACCAAAAUUCGACACUCUUUAUUUACGCACUCGCAUAAGACAACCAAAAAACAAAACAAAAAACCAAAACAGAUUACGUUCCAAGACUACGAUUUAUGCUUUAAUUUGAGCAGUUUUACCAUUUAAUGAUACCGCGGCUUAUCAUUCGAGUGUUAGCCCUAAAGAUAGUCUUUUGGAUGGAUGGAUGGAUGGUGGUCGAUGUUUGUGUAAACUUUGGAAACCCGACGACUUCUGGUCGCUUGUCUUUUGGGGGCCGAUGGCAUGCCGGUUUGUGUUUAUUUAUACGUAUAAAUGGAAGUACGAAAAAGUCUUGCCAUUGGCAGCCAGCCCCGAUAAGAGCGCGGGCCAAGUGGCGAGAGAUUAGCUAUUCGGAGUAGCUGCAGAGGCGUAGAUAAGGAGAGACCCGAGGAGGGGUUUACUCAUCAAGAAACUACAUGGUAAAGAAAGAAGAGCAAACCCCCUUUGACCUCCACCCGAGAGGCAAGAGUCGAGUAUUUCCACGUCUCAAUCGCCAAUCUUCCUCUCUCUCUCUCUCUAACUAUUCAAAAACGUGUCCAAGGUUUAUGCAUUGUUGUUAGGCCAGGCAGUGGGGUAAUUUUUAGUAUGCUAAUUUGAGAUCUUUGAUUUCGUUUUCUUUUCUUUUUUGUUCGGGGGAGAGACUUGUCUCUUGGGAAACGAUAUGCUUGGCUUUAGAUACACUUAAGACUAACUCAAAGAUACUCGUACAUCGUACAUUCUUACAUCAAAGUCAAUCUGCUCAGAUACCAGAAUAUAUAUAGAAACAGAGAGAGACAAAAACCACAAGCAACUUUAUUAGCUAACGACAGAAAAUACAGAAGUAAAUACAAAACAAAAAAAACAAGUUUUUGGAGCGAUUUUACGGAUUUUCGACAAAUGUAUAAACCAAACAAGAAACCAAGAAAAAAAUGUGAAAAAUGAAAAACGAAAACAAACCCAAAAUAGAAGAGCACACACACAAAUUGGGAAGAUACACCCCAGAAGGUGAGGCAGAGAUUUAGAAAGUUUCGCGUAUUAUGCGGGAGAAUAUCAUUUGAUUUUUGUUGCAUCUUUGAACUUUUUUGUUUCCUUUUUCAACCAAUUUCAUCAUCUAAUUGUAUUGUAUGUAUCCUCGUAAUGCAUAUCCGUCCACAGAUUUGAUUGAUAUUACAUAUUUGGGUUCCGCUUAGUUCAUCAAAAGAUCACACACACACAGAGAACCUUCCCCACAGACCCAUGUCCCGUCCAAGCAACACCCUUUCUUAAAAAUCCAACCCUCCUCCCAAAAAAA